AUGAAUUGUUUUCACGCCUCUAAGGGCAAGCCAGAGGGAGAGCUAACUGAUGAACAGGAGCAAGCUUUCCAGGCUACUGACACCCUCUUUCGAGGUGCUGUUCUGAGUGUUCUUGGCGACAAGAUUGUCGAUCCCUUCAUGACCAUCAUGGUCUGUAAGGAUAUGUGGGAUGCGCUUGAGGCCAAAUUUGGAGUCUCAGACGUAGGAAGUGAGUUGUACGUCAUGGAGCAAUAUUAUGACUACAAAAUGACUGAUGACCGCUCCAUUGUAGAGCAGGCUCAUGAGAUUCAGUCACUCACAAAAGAACUUGAGCAUCUUAAUUGUGUGUUACCAGACAAAUUCAUUGCCGGAGGCAUCAUUGCCAAGCUUCCUCCGUCAUGGAGGAAUUUUGCUACCUCUCUGAAGCAUAAGAGGCAAGAGUUUACUGUUGUCAAUCUAAUUGGCACUCUUGAUGUAGAAGAGAAGGCGAGAGCAAAAGACACACAUGCCCGUUUCCAUGAGGGGAAUUCCAGUGCCAAUUUGGUACAAAAGAGAAAUUUCCAAACCCACAAACCCAAGAACAAAAACUAUGCGGGCAAAGGAAAAUUUGAUGGCAAGUACAAAGCUCCACAACAUGUCAACUUCAAGAAGAACAAGGAGACUUAUAAGAAGAAAGGAAAGUGCCAUGUAUGUGGCAGUGAAGAACAUUGGGCUUCAUCCUGCAAGGACCGCUGGGACAUGCGUCAAAAUGAGAACAAUAGCAAGACCGCUAAUGUUGUUAUUGGCGAUGUUGACAUUAAAGAUGGCGGGUACGAUAAAUUUCCUACCAUUCUUUUAGUCGCAAGAACUACACCCAUGCUGAUGGGAAAUGGGACACAUGCUUCUGUUCAUGGUGUUGGUAUGGUCGAUCUGAAGUUUACUUAG